CUCCGCCGGAGAUGUGAUAGGUCUGGACUUCGUUGCGGUGCAGUCUCCUUCAGCUCGCCCUCCAACCGGUGACGCCUCCCUCGGCCGUGCGGUGUGAGGAACAUCUCUAAUAAAGUCGCUUUUCGUGUACCUCUAGCCCUUCUUCUACCGAAACGAUGGCUGUGCCUCCCUCAUAUGCUGAUCUGGGCAAGUCUGCCAAGGACAUCUUCAACAAAGGCUAUGGAUUUGGCUUGGUGAAGCUUGAUGUCAAGACGAAGUCAGACAGUGGAGUGGAAUUCAAAACAUCUGGUUCCUCCAACACUGAUACCAGCAAAGUUGCAGGCAGCCUGGAAACUAAAUACAAGAGGUCAGAAUAUGGCCUGACCUUCACUGAGAAGUGGAACACUGACAACACCCUGGGAACAGAAAUCACAGUUGAAGAUCAAAUUGCCAAGGGACUGAAGUUGACUUUUGACACAACCUUCUCACCGAACACUGGCAAGAAGAGCGGCAAAGUUAAGACCGCCUACAAGCGCGAGUAUGUUAACCUGGGCUGUGAUGUCGACUUUGACUUCGCUGGCCCCACCAUCCACGGAGCUGCUGUCGUCGGCUACGAGGGUUGGCUCGCCGGUUACCAGAUGACCUUUGACACUGCCAAAUCCAAGAUGACCCAGAACAACUUUGCUAUUGGCUACAAGACAGGAGACUUCCAGUUGCAUACCAAUGUCAACGACGGAUCUGAGUUUGGAGGCUCCAUUUACCAGAAGGUGAGCGACAAGCUGGAGACAGCAGUCAACCUGGCAUGGACCGCUGGUAGCAACAGCACACGCUUCGGCAUCGCAGCCAAAUACCAGCUGGACAAGGAUGCCUCUGUCAGCGCUAAAGUGAACAACAAUAGCCUUGUUGGUGUUGGAUACACCCAGACUCUUAGACCAGGUGUGAAACUCACCCUGUCUGGCCUGGUCGACGGCAAGAACAUCAACGCUGGAGGCCACAAGCUGGGUCUGGGCUUGGAACUGGAAGCCUAAACUUUCGUCAUACUGCAAGGGACUAGGGAAUAUCAGAAGAAUCUGGCCUUAAAAUGUAUUUCCAACCAGCAAGGGGAUAUCUUGGAGAGAUUGGUUCAAAGGCUACAACAACAAACUGAGUACCACCUUAAGUUGGUGCUUUUGUCAUUGGUAUAUUUUACCUCUGUUGCUUUUUACUUUGUAGUUGCAUCUAUUCAGGAGUCAGUGGGUGGCAUAUUAUUUAUAAAUCAUGUCGUUGUUCCUGUCCAGCACUGCCAUAAUAAUAAUGAAAUCAAUACAAUCCCAUUGCCUGUCAUCAA